CAAUGUGCUCAACGGUCGAAUCCCAUCUCCUCCUGGCGUUUUAAAUAGCCUGGGACUCUUAGACCUAUCAAAAAACAAUCUUUCUGGUUCCAUUCCGACCACAUUAGCAAAUCUAACUCAGCUGAGAAUACUCAUUCUUAAUGGAAACUUGCUUUCAGGAUCCAUACCUUCAAGCCUGGGGAGUACAAAAUUAGAGCUUCUGGAUUUGUCUCAUAACAGGCUCACAGGAGCCAUACCAGCUGAAGUUGCAAGCUUGAGCUCGAUGGCUAUAUACUUCAAUCUGUCAGACAAUUUGUUAGGAGGAGCACUGCCCAUGGAGCUGAGCAAAAUGGACAAAGUUCGGUCCAUCGAUCUCUCCUCAAAUAAUUUCAGCAGCAACAUUCCUUCCAGUAUGGGAAGUUGUGAAGUAGUUGAGCUGGUAAACUUAUCACACAAUCAUCUUCAAGGGCCAAUUCCUGGGUCCUUGGGUAACCUGCUAAGCCUUCAAUCCUUAGACCUCUCUUUCAAUUUCCUGUCGGGUGAAAUUCCUGCAUCUCUUCAGAAGUGCACCAGCCUUAGGUUACUGGACCUCUCAUUCAACAACUUCAGUGGACCGUUACCAGAAAACAGUCUAUUCAAUUCUUUAACACCGAAAUUGAUUGAAGGAAAUCAUUUCUGUGGAUCAGAGAUUGGCCUUCCAAGUUGCCAAACUAAGAAGAGAAGCAUGAUACAUUCUCAGAAAUCCCUCAUAUUGUUUGUAAGUAUUGUCUCCAUGUCAAGUUUUCUUCUCACAAUAAUAUGUGUGAUAGGUUAUAAGAAUCUAAGACAUGCAAUGUUUCGAAGAGAUGAUGUGGACUCAAGUAACUUUUCUCUUGACUUAUCAACAAGUUACCCUAGAAUUACUUACAGAGAAAUUGUAGAGGCUACAGCCGGGUUUGAGCAGAGCAGAUUGAUUGGAUCUGGUAGCUUUGGACAAGUCUACAGAGGGGUCUUAAGUGAUGACAGUGUAGUUGCAAUAAAAGUUUUACAGCUGCAAAGCAGCAACUCUGCCAAAAGUUUCAAUAGAGAAUGCCAAGUUCUGAAGAGGAUUCGACACAGGAACCUGAUGAGAAUCAUCACAGCAUGCAGUCUUCCAGAUUUCAAAGCUCUGGUGCUUCCUUUCAUGGUAAACGGGAGCCUGGAGAGCCAUCUCUAUCUGCAGGCACAACAAUCUGCAUCCUCAAAAUUGAGCUUAAUCGAACGGGUGAACAUUUGCAGUGACAUUGCUGAGGGGUUGGCUUACUUGCACCAUCACUCACCAGUGCAGAUCAUCCACUGUGACUUGAAACCAAGCAACAUUCUCCUUAAUGAUGACAUGACUGCACUCGUAUCCGACUUUGGAAUAGCUAGACUGGUCAUGAAAGUAGCAGAAGGAAACAUACAAUAUGAUACUACAACCAACUCAACAGCUAACCUUCUUUGUGGAUCAAUUGGAUAUGUUGCUCCAGAGUAUGGAUACAGAAGAGGUGCAUCAACAAAGGGUGAUGUCUACAGCUUUGGCAUUCUUGUGUUAGAAAUUGUAACCAGAAAGAGACCCACAGAUGACAUGUUUAUCGAGGGUCUAAGCUUGCAGAGGUGGGUGAAGAACCACUAUCAUGAUCAACUGGAAAAUGUUAUUGACUACUUCCUAAUGCAAGAUCUGCAGGACCAGAGCCCUGACGUUAGAGACAUGUGGGAAGUUGCCAUUGUGGAACUGCUUGAGCUUGGGCUUAUCUGCACCCAAGAAACCCCUUCAACCAGACCCAGCAUGCUUGAUGUUGCUGAUGAUCUGGACAGACUAAAACACUAUCUUGGAUGCGACAAAACUGCAACCUUUACAUCAUCACAUGGCAUAUCAUCAUCUACCAUCACCGGAGAUUAUUGGUAAAUUCUUCCAGGUCCUCACAACUUGUCAGUAUGAAAUGCAUUAGACAAAAGGGGCACUAAGGAAAAUGAGCUUGGGUACUGCAUCAAGAUCAGCACCGCUGCUGCUGUACAUAAUGAACAUUUACAAAGCAAUGAAAUCCUAGAAUUGUAGGUAGGAAAAGCAGGAUAUGGAUGUGAUACAAAUAAAAAGCAGUUCUAUUCAUAAUUUGUAUUGAAAGCUGAAGCAAAUUAGAAAAACAAUUCUUAAGAAUGCACUCUGCUGAUUGGAAAAUCGUAAAGCAGAUAGCUGGCAAAGCAUUUGAUGGAGAGAGAAAACCUAGAUAGUCAUAAAA